AUGUUUACAAUAUGCCUCUACAACUUUAAAGAUGUAGGAGCUCUAAACGCAGCGAAAUCUAAUCGUAGUCAAACAAAGAUUGGAGUCAUUGAACGAUUGCUAUUUGAAAAAGGCAAAAUCAGAAAAGAUGAUGGAAGUGUUAAAGCAAGAAUGAAUAAUGGAAAGGCAGUUGACAGGAUCUCACAGUGGAAAACCCUUGGCCUUGGAGAAAAUGCAAAAUAUCAGCCAGCUCCGCGCAUCCCCAAUGCAGAAACAAUAAUUCAGUUACAGGAUAGAAAAUGUGAACGGAUGGCUAAUCAGAG